AGGCUGGUGGGCGGCUCGGGACGCUGCUCAGGACGCGUAGAGGUCCUCCACCGGGAGGCCUGGGGCACCGUGUGUGAUGACCUCUGGGACCUGAACGAAGCCGAGGUCGUGUGCCGACAGCUGGGAUGUGGACGGGCUGUGUCCGCCCUGGGGAAGGCCCACUUCGGCCCGGGCUCUGGAAACAUCUUCCUGGACAACCUGCAGUGUUCCGGGGUAGAGCGCUACCUGGGCCAGUGUGCCCACUCGGGCUGGUCGGAGCACAACUGUGGCCACCACGAGGACGCCGGCGUCAUCUGCUCAG